AUGCCCAUACGUUGGAACACAACUCGUGCAGAGAUUGAGCAGUCUAUGAAACUCAAACCAGCAAUUAACCUUUGGGUUGAACAUCUUGACGACGGUCUCACUGGAAAGAAAAGGAACAUGGCAGUACGAAAGAAAAAGAAAUGGUGUCUCAGCUUACUCGACUGGGAGUUUUUGGGAUGGUAUUCUGACAUCCUCGAGGUAUUUCAUACUUCGACACUGUCUUUACAGAAGAAAGGAGUCCCCACAAUCUGCCAAACACUCCCACUCUACAAGCAGAUGGAGAAACACCUCAAGACACACCUCAAGCGAGUUCCAAAGAAGUGGCAAGUGUACGGACUGACACAGGCUUUGCAAGCUGGCCUCAACAAGCUUCAGCACCACAUGGCCAAGGCAUUAAAAUCUGAUUACCCUCUGCUCGGUGGUGUUUUGCAUCCGUGCAUACGAGUUGCAUACUUCAAAGACCAGAACCUACAUCAGUAA